CAUAUCUUCUACCACGAAAGAAACCUCUUCAAAUCCGAUAUAAGUGACGAUCGAGUAUCCAAUUCCAGUAUGGCGCCUGUAACGCGCGCACGAGCUGCGAAGACGAAGCCACCCGCCUCACCGAAGAGGUCCAAAUCUCCCAAGAAGCCGACGUUGAAAGCUCCACCAAAGCGUGCCAGAAAACCUACAGCUGCUCCACCGCCGGAGACUAAAGUGGAGGAAGACAAGCCCGUUCCGGCUGCGCCCAAAGCGACCGCAUCUACGAGGGCUUCUCGAACAAAAGCAGCCGCGAUUGGCAAACCAACCACGGGAUCGCGGGCAAGAGCAGCUCCCAAGACCACCACAACCACAUCUACGUCCUCUCGGACCACGAGAAAGCGACCUGCGAAGGAUGAAGAUGACCCUCCCAAAGCAUCAGCACCACCACGAAAGCGAACAAGAAGCGCUGCCAAAGCCAAGCCCGACCAGGUUCCUGAGCCGACGCCUGCUCCCGUGCCAGAACCUGAGCCUGAAUUUGAAGCAGAGGUUUCCGCUGAAGCCAUCCCGACCGAGACGGGGGUGGGAUCCGAGGCUCACAACGAGGAUACGGAGGCCGCACCAAUUGAGGGCCAGGGCAACACAACCACGGAAACCACCAUGACAGUAUCAACGCCGGCAUCUCCAUCGAAAGUCUCUCGUAUCCCAAGACCCUCUCCACAGACCACUCCACAAAGCACGUCAAGGAAAGCAAGUGCGCCACACUUUAGCCCGCAGCUGUUUACCCACAGCAUUGGGAGAUCAAAAACGGCGCAUUCAACGAAGAAUGGCCUGAAGGAGUCGCUCCUCGGUGUGUCUCCGAGGAAGCUCAAACUUCCUUCGGUUACGAAAUCAGGGACCAAUAUCCCAGCCCCAGCCUCCCCGAGCAAGGAGCAUGUACAAGAGCUGACCCCCAAGGUCGUCGGAGCAGGGACGGAUCCCUUCUGCCUUAACACGCCCGUUGCCAGUGGAUUUAAGACUGCGCCGGUUGAAGGGAUUGAGCAGUCUCCAGCACCAGAUGCCAACCUUGAUGGCGAUGAUGGAUACCUGCCAGAAAUCGUGGAGUCCCAGUUCGAGGCGGCACUUGCCGCGCUUGAAGAGCCGGCUCCAUCUAUACCACUAUCCACACCGGCAGUAGCUUCUCCAGAACGGCACAUGGAAAUCCACGUCGAUGAGCCGGCGAGUCAUUAUCCUAACGAAACAGAGCACACCGUCAUCCAAUCCCCAAUGACGCCGACUCGCCCACCACAGACACCAAGGACGGCAAAGUCGCAUUGUGAAGGAUUCGGCGCAGCCAUCAAACAACCUGUCUUUGCAGACACGCCAAAUGAGCCUCUCGUCCGAACAACGUCCAUCUUCUCCUCCACCAAGUCCUUUGGUUCGGCGCGACGACCACCAGCAAAAGAGAAAUUCCUUCAGUCGGCGCCUAGGCGAUCAUGCCUCACCGUACCCCCCAAGUUCCGACAAAUGGCCGCUCGAAUCCCUGAUCGUCUAUCCAGCUUGAAUACCUCGCCGACAAAAGCGGGUGUUCAGAAGCAAUCCGGUGUCCGGGCAUCGCCUGGGAAACUGAGCGCAAGUUACAGUGCGGUCUCAUCACCUACCAAAUCACCAAAGAGGUCUCCGCUCAAAGAGAUUACGGAGGAACUAGGGACCAUGGCCUUUGAUCAGAACCUUUGCAUGCCGAGAGAUGCUUCGUUGGAACCGAUUUCUCGCCCCGUCUUUGUCGACCAUGAAGAGACUGAGACUCCCGAUGCAACCAUUACGCUAGAAGAGUUCAUCAACACACCGUUUCUUCAGCGGACCCCUACCGCCAAGGCAGAGUCAGCAGUAGAGUCAGCGGUGUCCUUCGCUCCUCUGGGCAAAGUACCGGAAUUGAACAAGCCCAUCUGUUCGCCGACGAAAUCAUCCAUCCGAUCACCGGAGCGGCGGUUGUCGCCCAAAAAGUCGGUCACAUUCCAGGAAGAGAAGAGUCCAUUGAGCAGCCCGAAUUCAUCGCUCCUGGAGGGCGUUAUUGCCUUUGUUGACGUGAACACCAACGAUGGAGCCGAUGCGACGCACCUAUUCAAGCCGUUGCUUGAAGAGAUGGGCGCAGUCUGCGUCCCGCAGUGGACAAGUAAUUCCAUGAGCAUAACACAUGUCAUCUUCAAAGACGGGGAUAGUAUGACGCUUGAGAAGGUCGUUGCCAGUAAUGAUGCAGUUCUUGCCGUGAACAUUGCGUGGCCAAUUGACUGUGAACGCUUCAACAAGCGGCUUGAUGAGCAAUCAUACCUCAUCAACCUAUCCCAUAUCCCGGGGAGCCCACGGCCGCUGCACAGCCGAAGCCCGAACGCAAGUCCCGUACACGACGCUAAAACUCCGGCUUGCCCAACGCCCGUCCACUUCAAAUCCACACCGUCACGGCCCAGAACGCCCAGACCGGGGUACUCAUCCUCACGCUUUGCCAUCAAAACCCCGGCAUGGCUUGCUGGGAGCAUCAACAAGCAUGCGAGCACACCCAAUCUCCGGCUCUGCUCGCCUGAAAACAAGGAGAACGAAGAAAACCUCGCCAAUUUUCCAUGCGGCGAGAGUGAAGGGGGUUAUUCACCGACGACCCCGUACUUCCUGAAGCCGAGCAACCUGGUGCAGCAGACAUGUCCACCCAAGCAACACGGACAAUCCAUGUUUUUGGUGGACGAUGCGCAGACGUCGUUUAAGCAGCGGCUGAUGUUGGCGAAACGCAGGAGUCUGGAGUUUGCACCGAAAGUGCCCAGCCCAUUGAGGGCCAUGAGACAGAAUCCGAAGUUCGGGUACUAA